CUAAGUUUGCUGGUUAUAUAUAGCUACACAUUCAGGCCUCAAAGCAAAGCAAAGCAAAAUAUUACAACUUUCUUUCAUCUGUGCUACCACAAAACGAAGCAAAAUAUUACAACUUUCAGCUUUCAAAAACCAACAUGACUGGGCAGUUCAUAGUUGGUGCCCAGCUUCACCCGCAGCAGACUUCUAAGGCCAUUAGAUUGCGUUGUGUGCGGAGCUAUGUUGUCACUGAAAACAGAGGACAAAAACAAAUUAGAAGUCAAGAGUGUGUCUUUCAUGAUCAAGAGGGUAUUUUUAUUCAUGUUCACAUACCUAAGGAUAUUGUUGCAACAUACCAGAAUAUGUUCAAGGAGGGUAAAGUCUAUGGUAUUCGAAAUUUCUUAUGUAUCACUAACUUUUUCAAGUAUAAAACAAGCACGCAUCGUUAUAUGAUCAAAUUCAAACAUGACACUGUUGUGAAGCAAUAUCAGCGUGUGAAUUUCCCUAAAACAAUGUUCCGGUUUAAGAGUUUCCCGGACAUACUUUCAAAGAAGAAUGUUGAUGAGAAAGUGUUGAUAGAUGUGAUUGGCCGAGUUGUUGAAAUUUAUACACCACUAGACAAAGUGAUAGCUGGAAAACAAACAAGGCUUAUUGACUUUGUUCUUGAAGACAAUGGUAAAAAUCAGAUUAAGUGUACAUUAUGGGAUGAGCAUGUGGAUCAACUAUCUCCUUAUUUCCACAUUGCUGCAUCUGAUCCAGUCAUACUUCUCAUUCAACUUUGUAGGGCCAAGUUUAUGGACAAUGGCGAGGUUCGUAUUUGCAGCUCCUUUGAUGCUACCCAACUAUUUUUUACUCAUUCGUCUAAGGAGUUCCGUGACUUCAAGAAUAGCUUUACAGGUGACUACACCCCUUUGAGGUGUAUAAAAUCUGGUUCUAGGCUUGAUGUUGGUUUCCCUACUAAUGGCCUGCAUCCUAAUGAUAUUUUGGUUACUCCUAUUGAAGAUAUUUACUUGAAAAAACAGUUGGGGGAGUAUUGGGUUGCAGGCAGAAUUGUUGGCGUAGAGAGUAUAAGUGAUUGGUAUUUCAUUUCUUGCAAGACUAAUUCUUGCAAGAAGAAGCUUGCUGAACAAGGUGGCAUGAUGUACUGUGGUGGGUGUAAGAAUUCUUGGCAUGAAGGAAUUGUGAGGUAUAGGUUGAUUGUCCGUGUGGCGGACCACACUGGAGAUGCUCCUAUGCUUAUAUGGGAUCGUGAAUGUGCAGAUUUGGUUGGUAUGUCAGCGGCUGAGUUAAAGGCUAAGUACCCUGAGGGAAAUAAUUGUAUUCCACCUGAACUUGGUCGCUUGCGUGGGAUGUCUAUGGUUUUCCGUAUUGUUAUGAAGAAGGAACAGGUGGAGAGCUACUAUUCUACCUUUACGGUUCUAAGGAUUUGCAGGGAUGAGCCAUUAGUUACACAACACUGCUCAGGUUUUCUAGGUGCCCCUUCUGCUGAAAUGGUUCCAGGUCAUGUCGGAGGUUCUUUGGAUGUUGGAUGUAACUCUGAGCAACAGUUUGGCAGUGAUGAAGAGAAGUUUUUUGGAGUGGAGGAUGUCUCUGAUGGUGUGGAAGAUGAUAUCACUAUUGGUUUGGAUGACAUUUCUGAGGAUUUAGGGGAUGAGCAUGUUGCUGAUGCUGUUAAGGGAUCUAUGGUCAAAGAUUUGGUUACUGCUGGUGGUUGUAACAAAACUAAGGAUAAGGGUAUUGUUGAUUUGGAAAGUGAACAUGUGGGUGUUCCUCUUAAGAGAUCUCUGCUGAAAGAGUUUGGUAUGUCUGGUACUCUGGUAGCAUAA